AUGACAGAAAAGUGUAGGGGUUGGCAGGCUAGAAUCUUGUCACAGGGAGGGAAAGCUGUGUUGAUUAAGACUGUGCUGCAAGCACUUCCCACUCACAUAUUUUAUGCACUUAGCCCACCCAAGGCUGUUGUUAAACAGAUAGAAAGACUCUUUGCUGAUUUCUUUUGGGGGGAGAUAGAUGGGAAGAAGAAAUAUCAUUGGGGGUCCUGGAAAACUUUGGCAAAGCCAACUGGAGAUGGUGGAGUUGGAUUUUUAGGAAUGCAGGACUUGGUUGAUGCUGCAGGAAUGAAGUUGUGGUGGAAUUUUAGGAAAGGUGGGACAAUUUGGAGUGAGUUUUUAAUGAAUAAGUACUGCAAGGAAAUUCAUCCUGUGGUAAGGGGCUGGCAGUAUAAGGACUCACAUGUGUGGAGAAGGAUGAUCCAAGCUAGAGAAAAAGCUGAGCCUCAGUUGAUAUGGAAGAUUGGUGAAGGGAUGGUGAAUUUAUGGUGGGACAACUGGUCAGGAAGGGGUGCAAUGGCUGGUGUUCUAAAUAUCAGGGGAAAAAGGAGAGCAAAAGACAUAUUGAAAGACUUCCUUGUGGGGAAUAGAGUGGAUCUGCAAAGGCUAGGGAUUGACCAAGCUCAAGGAUGGGAUGGCACACUGGUUUGCAGUUCAGAGGGAGUCCAGGACAAAAUAUGCUGGGGAGCUAUUGGGGAAGAUUUUACAUUUAAGGCAGCAAAGAAGCUGGUGCAAGGGCAGGCCAAUCAAGGGCAAGAAAGUUUGUGGUGCAAGAAGAUUUGGGCAAAAGGAAUCCCAUGGAAAAUGUCUUUUUUGGCAUGGAGGGUUUUUAAAAAGAAACUCCCAAUGGAUGACACUCUAAGGAGAAUGGGAUUUCACACUGUUUCUAUGUGCCCUUGUUGUGUUCAGCAUGGGUGUGACAGUUUAAAUCAUGUGUUUGGAAUGGGAGAGACAGCUAAGCAGGUAUGGGAUUAUUUUGCAAAAUCUUUGGGGCUGCUUAUCAAUGUUAGAUCAGAGAGACAUGUGUGUUAUGAAUGGUGGCUUUAUAAGGUGGACAAUAGGAUGCUGAAAUUUAUGGUGCAAAGACUUCCUGUGCUCAUAUUAUGGGAAUUGUGGGUGAACUACUCUCACUGUAAAUAUGGGAAUGGGAGGACUUCUGUGGCAAGAAUUAUAUACAAGGUAGGGAAGGACAUGGCUGAGUGCAUUCAAAGGAAGUGGCCACACUGGGAUCCCCUCCCACCAUGUUGGAAGUUCAUCAUGAAAAAAGUUGAUUCCUUUGGUUGUGGAAGAAUAACUCAGAGGUCAAAUUGGUGUAGGCCAUGGCCAGGAGUAGUUAAGGUGAAUUGGGCAUUGGAUAAUGAGGAAAAGUCAUGUGCAUUCUUUGUGAGAAACUCUAGGGGAAGAUUUUGCUUGGCAGGGGUCUACUCCUUAGAGAAUGGGCAGAACUUAGAGGAGUUAAUACAAAGUAUGCUGGGAUACUGCUGGGAAUGGUGCAAGUUCAAAAGGAUCACUAAGGUCAUCUUUGAGACCAGUAAUUGGAGAGGGAUUGAACUGAAUGGUCUAGACACUGCCCAGGGUUCAUGGAUUAGGAAAGAAACAUGCUUGGAGAGGGUGAAUUGUGUGGCUUCAUGCCUGGCUAACAGAUGCUGUGAUCUGAAUAUAAUCUUUAACAAAGUUGAGGGGCUCCCAAGAGGCCUGGAUCAUCUUCUUGCUUUAGAGGGGGUCCCUCACUUUGUCUUUCUGCCUGGGAUAGACAACAUUAAAUGA